AUUGUAAUAAUGGCAGAUGUAAAUAUUACAAUAACUAUUAAUGACGAUGACAAAGUGAUCAAAAUAUGCUUAGAAGACGAAGAGAACAGAUCAAAUAAUGUAGUUAUGAAUAAUGAUUUAGUUUGGGAUGCGGGGCGAAGGGACGGCAGGGUGCGUCGCGCAGGCGUGAUUCAGUCGCCCGCGCGACCCCGCUGCCGCCGGCCGCGCGCCAUGGACGAGACCAGAGCACGAGAUCGCGCGCCGCUCACCGUCAUCGUCGCCCCGAGCAACGCUUCGCCCCCAAGACUAUCGCCUGCGGACCUCUUACCCGACGGCGAUGCGGCGUUCCACCCCCUGUCAGCAGUCAACGGCCGCCUGACACCGCCGGGGCUCGAGCCAGCGUCUUACGCGACAUUGACUCCACUCCUCCCUCUGCCUCCCAUAAGUACCGUCUCGGACAAGUUCGCUUACCAUGCAGGCGGUACGUUCACGGUUAUACAGCAGCAACAGUCCUACGCAUCGUUAUCGCCCACCGGUUACAAUGAGCCGUUAUCACCACAAUCGGCGUACAGCAGGCGGAGUGCGUCACCGAACUCGUUCGAGAGGCGGUCGCCGACGCCGCCGCUGCCGAGCCCGGGGUUGGACCUCAACGCCGCGUUGAUGGCGAGGGAGGAACAACAACAGGCGCAGCAGCAAGCACAAAAUGACACAGAGGAGAUAAACACGAAGGAAUUAGCGCAAAGGAUAAGCGGGGAGUUGAAACGGUACUCGAUCCCCCAAGCGAUAUUCGCGCAGAGGGUGCUAUGUAGGUCACAAGGGACGCUGAGCGAUUUGCUACGGAACCCGAAGCCGUGGUCGAAGCUAAAAUCGGGUCGGGAAACGUUCAGGAGAAUGUGGAAAUGGCUGCAGGAGCCCGAGUUUCAGCGGAUGUCCGCUUUGAGGCUAGCUGAUGCGCCAACCCAGCAAACGGUUAAAGGCGACAAUGUAAACAACACGCCACCGCAGGCAUACUGCCAGACCCGGGAGUACCAGCCUCCGGGGCAACAGGGGCUACCUAUGUACCCACCUGGGCCCCAUCACUGGGACAGACAGGCGUAUGAGCCAGCCGGGGACGUUUCUUGCUUCGGCCCAGAUUCCUCAGAGAGGCAGUUGCAAGCGCAAGGAGGACAUGGGUUCGGAUACUCUGCCUUCCCCGAAGAAACCUCGUUUGGUUUUCACAGACCUCCAGCGGCGUACUCUACAGGCUAUUUUUAAGGAAACAAAACGACCAUCCAAAGAAAUGCAGGUGACGAUAGCGAGGCAAUUGGGCUUGGAGCCCACUACAGUCGGCAACUUCUUCAUGAACGCGAGGAGACGGUCCAUGGACAAGUGGAAAGAUGACGACGCGCCGUCUUCGGAACUGGACCAGCAGUUAGACGGUCAGGAUUUGGACCACGUUCCAAGUCUAGAUUCUGCAGAGUCUGAGGAUGAGCACGACGAUCAGGACGAUCAUCUCUUGUGACGCCGCAUACCGCAGCAUCACCUCAUAGUGCUAUGAAAAUAACUCGCGGUUGUCAACGGAUGUGCUUGGUGGCUUGGGGGUCGCAUUGAUAUGUACCUUUGUGUUUCGUAGAUAGGGUUUCAGAAUGGACAGCAGAGCUAAGAUAACUUUUGACUCUUAAUUUACACAUUUCCUUACUUACAGAAAAAUGAUAAUUUUGAUUGUGUUAAUUGUAAACCAGUCAUCAAUCUAUUAUCAAGAAACAUUUUUUAAACUUUUGUCAUUAUACUUUCAUUCGUCAGAUUUGAUGUUGACGAAUUCACACUCGUGUUUGUAUUAAAAUCAGCUUCCUUCAAUACUGGACAUAGUAACGUAAUGUUUAUGUGGGUCCCAAGCUGCCUCGCUUAAAUUAACAUUCGGCCAUUUACCAGACAACUUCUGAGUAAUAAAAUGUACAGUAAUAAUAUAAAUAAUUAUAAGUGCUCGGUUAUGUUUGCGAAUAAGGCUGGCUGUAUCUUAACUUAGGAUGAAUUUGCCAUAAAAAUCUUGUAGCAUCAUUUUUAUAUCAUCUAUUUCUUUCGUGCUAAGGUUGUCGCAAAGCUUAGUAUUACUGUUUUCUAUUUUAGUAUCACCAUUAUCUGGAUUAUCUUGUAUGUGAAUUUUAAAGUCCUAAGCGUUAUCUUCAGUUACUAUAUUUAUGGCAUUUUCAUAUUUAAGUUGAGAGUUUAAGGUUCAAUGCGUUGAUCUCUCAAUAUCGAACGUCUCUAGUCAGAUGAUAAGAAAUAGUUAAUAAUUUUAUUGUAACUGUUCUGUAAGUUUAGAAAGUUUAAAUUAUUUUACUUCUCAUUUUAGUGGUAGCACUUGAGAAUAUUUUUGGGGUUCUUUCGUAAAUAAUUUAUUUGUAGAUGAAUAGAAAUGCCAUGUAUCAAUCUGAUACAUUCUUCAGUAGAAAAAAAACCUGGAAAAUCUUCAAGUGCUGUGUCAGCUUGUAUAGAAAUUAGCUGAGAGACAGAAACGUGUUUUUGUAGCUGACUGAAAGAAUAUUGAAUAGAAGUUAUACAAUCAAAGUGUAUUGUAAGCGUCGUCAUUAAAAUAUGUAAAAGAAUAAACGGAAAUUAUUAUAGACAAAUUACCGAAGACACUAGCGGAAAUGUCCGAUCAAAUCGGAUAAUUCGUGUAUCUGUACAGUCAAAAAGAAAAGUAGUUUAUUUGAAAUAAAAGAAAUGUUUUCAAUAAUAAUGACUUUAAAAAAAAUUACACUUUAUAAAACAAUAUUAAGUGUGCUUUCGAUUUCAAAUUUGCUUUUUUAAUUUUUGACUGUGCGAUAUGCUGCGUUGAUGUUAGAUAGUUCAACAAGAGAUGUUGUUAUAUCCAUUGCAUUUGUUCCAACGGAAAAAUGCUUAUAAAUAAUUUUAAUUGACACAAACAACAACUAUAUAUGAACAUUCUUAGCCAUUAAUAGUGUACAAUUAUUUAUGUUGCAAUAAUUGUCUAUUUUACCAAGUCUGAUUCUGGUCCAACCAGAUUAUCAUUAACAUUCCAAAAAUUAAGAUAAUUAUUUUAUAGUUAUUCUGAGUAUGAUCUGAUCAGAGGUUUUUUCUAAUUUAUGUGAAUGAUUUUAUGAACCGAUAUAUCUCUUCUAAAAAUUGCUACAAGAAAGUAAUAUCACUUUUCAAAUUCUCGCUGAAUAUUGUUUUAUAUUAUUGGCUAUAUAAGCUGCAUGAUGAAAUUGGUGUAACAAAGUAAUUUCCACGCUCUUAUGAUACAUAUCUUAUGUUAAACAAUAAUUAAUCGGAAAUGGUGACUCAAAGUAUUCUGUAUUUCUGUCCAGCUUGCACAUUAUUCCUGACACAAUAUGUGAUAGAAUAUCGUGCAUCAUUAUUUUCAAUUGGUUCCUUAAAAGACGCUAAUAAUAAGUUGAUACCUACCCAUUGCUCAGAUGGCUAGUUCUCAAGAUUAAUUAUUAAUAUAUAAAGAGAAGGAGCACUAAAAUUGAGUUAUUAUAGUAUUCCAUCGCUUUUAUGUAAACAGUAUUUGUGCGGAAUACUAGAAGCGCCAUCUGUUGGCUGCGACACAUAACUAAUAAGUAAUGAAACAGUUGCGGUAGAUUUUCCAUUAGUUUGGAAGACAAAAACAUUUGGUAUAAUUUUAAAAGUCAUUAACAACUUAUUAUCGUUUAUUUGUUCCUUUUUAAUCAAAUUGAGGCUCUGCACUGUAUAGUUAACGUUGACUUUCGAUAUAUCGUGAACUUCAUAAUCGUUCAUCCUACAUAUUAUGCAUUCGAUUCGAGUUGGCCGCUCCCACCCUCCCCACCUCACCGAUACGCGCUUCUAGUCAAACUAUUCUAGCUAACUAACUUCUAGUAUAACUAUUAAUCGACCCUAUUGGUCGACGGUACCUGUUGAUGUGCCUAUGAUUGGCCUUUGAUGUCAUAUUGUAACGGUCAUCGACGGUCAACUCAAAACGAACGGGUAAUACAUAAUUUUUAACGUCGUGGAGUAGGAUAACAAUGAAGUUUUGCGAUACAUCGAAUGUUGAUUUGAGAAAUACCUUAGAACAAGAACUAAAGCGUAGCAGUACUCCAAAUGCUAUGACGUUUGAGCGUACAGAUUUCUUAACAAAGUAUGACCCGGGUAAAAAGUAUUAGUAGGGUGUUGGCAGGUUGCAUUUGACAUUAGAUCGCUUUUUGAUUCGGUAUCGUAAAGGUAGCAAAGGUAUCCACAUUCCACAAUGAUCCAAUUUGACGCUUGUAUAGUGUUACGCAAGCUGUUCAUAGCAACAUAUAUUUCUACCUUUUUUGGUCUAUAUAUAUAAAAAUGAGAUAAAUAUAUGAGUCAAUUAUAUGAUUUGAAUUUAAACUCUUUCUCAGCCUUAGUUCUUGUUCUAAGAGAACUUAUACUCUCUGUGUUAUUAGCAAAAUUUAGCUUAUGUACGGCCGCGUACAAAGAUUUGUGACUACAUUUAACUGAUGAUUGUGUGACUUGGUCGCUGAAGUAUAAACAUUCCUUUUAGUUUAUAAUGAAACCGUCACAAAAACGGGUGACGUAUUUAAAAAAAAAUCCCAAUCUAGUCCGAGGAUCUCACGUCUCAAGUUGGUUUAAUAUCGUAGGUAGCAAAUACCUACCGCGUGAUAUUAUACCCUAUGCUGUCACUUCACUUGGUUAUUCGUUUUUGCUAUUUGUAAAGUUGACAACAGGCUGUCUCUAUCAUGCUUUAUAAGGAAUGAAAGGGACAGACUAAUGUCAAGCUUACAAAUACCAAACUCGAAUAGCCAGGUUAAGUGCCAGCAUUAACUUUGUAAUAUUAAGUCGUAUUAGUUGUACUAUUUAUUUAGUAAUUUCAGUGUUUAAGGGAGUUGGUUGAUCUAGUCCAAGAAAUGAGGGAUGUAGCUAAUUCAAUGCAAAGAUUGCAUUCAUUUGCGUUUAUUGUAAAUCGCUAUUUUCAUUACGCAGACUUUGAAAGAUUUGCGAUUGGUUAUUAAUUGAUACAGUUCUGAAGAUGUGGUGUAUAAUAGUCAACGUUAAAAAUCACGAUGCAUUUGUAUUAUUUUAAAUUGAUUCUGCGUGUUUAAAAAUUAUCACUGAAAAUAAAGAUUAGACUUGACUUAGGUCCACUAGCAGUAAUUUUGCUAAAUCUCAAUUUGACUAAAACUAUACUUAGCGGUUUAUUUUCUAUUGUUUAAGUUGCAUCGAGUAAAUUUGCAAUUUUGCUGCAAGUGGACUUAUAAAAGUAAAUUUUACUUUCGAGUCGAAUUUCGACUAUCACAUCUCUAGAAUAGAGAUGCUACAAUUACAUGUUUAGUUGCACAGUAUUUUUAACGAAAUGAAUGAUGAACUUUUAAACAUUACAAAACAUUUAAUUUAGCUUGUUACCAACUUAUUAUAUAAUGAUAAAUGUUUAUAUGUUGGCCAUAUAAUAUUUAUUCUGUUUUUUUUAAUAGUAAGUAUAUAAGUCAUUAAUAAGUUAUCUUAUGUUUAGUUUUUCAUACUUAUUUAAUACGAAUCGAAUGCUAGUCCAUAUUUAAGUCACCAAAGAGUAUAGACGUGUGCAAUUUUCUUGUGUUUAAUAUUAUAAGUUAUCAUUAGAUUGUUCAAAGGUUUUAUCUCGUAUAGGUGGGUUUACGUCCAUUCGUUGUAUACAUGAUUCAUAAUUGCUGUGUCUGUAAAUUCAUUUAUGAGUAAAGCAUUUCUACUUACUACAAUUCAAAUGAAACAUCUUUUUACUGCAUUUUUGUAAUGAAUAAAUGAAAACUCACACUCCUUCAUUAUUUUGAUCUUAAUCUAUGUUAGCAUUAUAUAGAAAAAAAAAAAUUAUGUAUAUUUAUAUUUGCCCUACUUAUAUAAAAUAUAGUUUGCAAUAAAAUAAAAUUUACGUACCAACUAAAGUUUAUAGCAAACGUAUUUGAGUUUAAUUCAGUGCACCGUUUUGUUUAUAACGAAAAUUUUGGACAUCAUUUCAUUUUAAUAAUUAUAAGCAAUUUGCGCACAAUAAAAUGAAACAGAUAAAAAUUAUUAAUAAAUAUAAACUGAUCUGCAGCACUUCUCCCAAUGACUGUACUUUUGAAUAAUUGACAGCUGUAGGUAAAACAUAUUGUUGUGUAUUAUUUUUGUGUAUGUAUAGGCGCUUUCGAAUGUACAUAGUACUUGAAUAUGUUAAAUGUAAGAUUAAAUGUACAUUUUAC